AUGCCUCAAAGAUCAGUCUCUCACCAGGUGCAGUCUGUCUGGGAUCGUCUGACACGUCGUCGAGAUUUUUGGAGGCCUCGUCGUUAUGCAGAUGUUGCAGCCGCUCAACGCCGAUCCCAAACUCUGGACAGUCGUCCCCAUUUAGACGAGUCUCUUGUAUCUUUCGGACAGGUUCUGAGAGACGGCGGUCGUCUCAGUGCUCAUUCGACUGCCGGCACAGCACAUAUUCCACUUGAUGCAAGUGGCUUUUCAGACCAACACUUGGUUGACUACUCUAUCAACCGCUCGACUAUCUACUGUGACCCGCCAGAAGAGACCGUCAAGAUUCCUGUUGUUCGCUGUGCUACAUCUUUACCUAACGCCCCUGACGAGGGACAAGAAGUCGAUCAUCCGGUCUGGUACCUACCCGGCGAUGAAUCGUACCCCCUGAUCCAUACUCAAGGCCGUAUAAUCAAUGCCGAGCUAUUUCAAGAACCUCGACGUCUCUAUCGAGUAAAAGCCAGUGGUCAAGAAUUCUUUAUUCCCAUCGACACCUUUAUUUCGCAGCCAGGCUAG